AUGGUCCGUGAGGGCCUAAAUCAGACAUCGCGUGUCUUCACAAUUCAGUUUGAGGGUGAGGUUUACCAAGCCUCUAUCGACUGCCGCGAUGUACAUACAUUGCGUGAACUCAUUGCUGUAGCUGUGCCAGCACCACCCCAAUCACCACUUGGCUCAUCUCCUUCAUCUACUGUUGCUGCUACUACUACUACUACUACUACUUCUACUACUUCUACUACUUCUACUAUUACUGCUCUACCACGAUCUAAACAAAAGGCAUUGUGGGUGAACAAUUGUAUUUGUUCCUUUGGUGGCCAACGUUUGUCAUUAGAUACUUCAACGGAGGUAGCACCUACAAUAUUGGAGGUGACAUGGGCUAAACAUUAUCUAAACUCAGGGAAAGUGACUACGAGUACUAGUAAUACUAAUACGACUGCUAUUACUGCAGGACGUGAGCGUACGUCCAAACGGAGACGUUCGCGUAGUGCGGUUGAGGCGGAGGAUGACAAUGAUAACACAAGUAAUAUGAGUAGUGGUAGCACUGAGGAUGAGAGGAGUGAAGAAGAACCUCAGCGUCGUCCAUACUGGCGUCGUGACACCAGUGAAGAGAAGAGCAGCAGCAAUAAGAAAAAUAAAAAUAAUGACAGCAAUGAGGACGAAAAUGAUAAUGAGGAUGAUAACGGUGAUGAUAGCGAGUUGGAUGCACGUAGUCAAAGUAACCAUAAACGUAAUAACAUCAAUAAUGAGAAUACUGGAGAUGAUGAUGAUGAUGAUGAUGAUAACGACGAUAACGAUGGUAGUAACAGUAUUCAUACUAAUAGUAAUUAUAAUUAUAAUACGCAAACUAAUGGUAAUAGUAAUGGUAAUGAAGAUGACAAUGAUGAGGACGAGGAUGAAGACGAUCGAAGCCUUGAGGCGGUGAUUCCUAUUAUAGUAGGUGGUGUUGUGCGACUCAUCAACACAGAAAGUCGUGAUAAAAGCCACCAAUGGACUGUAUACAUUCGUGGUCUCUUUAACGAGACACGAUAUGUGGAACAUUGCAUUGAGUCCGUGCGAUUUAUUCUUGACCCGUCCUUCACACCGAGUGAACGGCUGGUAACAUCUCCACCCUUUGAGUUAACGGAAGUGGGUUGGGGUGAGUUUGUGGUGAAUAUGCGAGUACAGCUACGGCAUUACCCACGUCCUAUACAAGUAAUGUGGAACUCAUCAUCUUUAUUAUCAUCAUCCAUUUCAACAGGAACGACAUCAGCAGUGGAGUGGAGCUCUGAUGUUAAAGUGGCUUCCGCACUCUUGUCAACACGUACGGCACAGCCAUUGGCGGGAUUCACACGGGGUCCUGUUUUGUCUCCAGUGGUGGAUGUACUUAGUCGCUAUGCUUACCACAGCACUAAUAAUAAUAAUAAUAAUAAUAAUAAUAAUAAUAAUAAUAAUAAUAAUAAUAAUAAUAAUGAUAAUAAUAAUAAUGAUAAUGAUAAUAACAACAACAGUGCUCGAUUGACAAGUGUUGUGAAGACGGAGAUCAAACGAGAAAAGGAAGAGGAAUCUAUUUACAAACACAACAGUAAUAAUCAUAACCACAAUAACAAUAAUAAUAAUAAUAAUAAUAAUAAUAAUAAUAAUAACAUCAAUGAUGAAAUUCAAUCUUCUGCGAUGCCAGCUGUAUCCACUCUGGAGAUGUGUCCAGGUGUGGUGAUGCUCUCCCAUCUUUUACGCUUCUCUCAUCGUCCACGGCGGGCCCAUUGUAUCCCACCACUUGGACGGCCCUAUGAACGUGAGGAACAUAUUGGCUACACACUCGUACAAACACCUGUUGUCACGGAACACUAUGAUGAGAUUGUGAUACCAGAUCCACCCAUUCCAUUACAAGAGGCACUUAUAUCAUUACCAGAGAUGCUUCGUUUUCGUGUUGCUACGGUAAAGACGGCACGUGCAAUGGCCGCCGCCCAACAAAAUCCACAAAAAGGACCCAAUGGUACACCCCCACCAUUACGUGCGGCGGAUGCCUUUAACGAAGAUGGUGGAGUAUCGUGUUGGAAGUAUAUUAUGGAAGAGGGACCGGAUGAUGCGGUGUUGGCAGAGGCCUAUUUGGAUAGUGUGGCCGGCUCUAAACUCUUCACAUCGGCGCAUCGUCAAGGGAAUAGUUUGGCCCAAACAGGAGAUUCUCAUCAACAGCCGUAUAUGAGUUACGGUGUGGAUCCGGCUAUUGUGUUGAAGCCGGGCCGCGGGAGGAGAAAACUCACCGGGGCGGAAAUAGAUCUCGCAGCGUUAAAGUCUGCAAAGAAGGGACUUGUUGAGGCGAUUGAAAGGAUGCGGCGUGAGAUAGCACUACGGCAGGCAACACAUAUUUACAAGCAGUAUACCUAA